CUUGAAAUGCCUCUAAAAUCGAAAUGACUCUUCUCUCUGUAACUACCGCUUCCACCACCUCCAACCCAAAUUUCCACAACCAUCUUUUGUGUCUCUCAUUCUCCACUCUCUCUCGUUCUUCCACUUCCUCCUUCUCCUUCCCAAUCCAUUCUCACCGUGUAUUUCAACCACUCUCUUCUACCUCCACCGUGCUCCGUCUUCCCAGGUGCCGCGCCGCCACCCCAGGCCCUCCACCACCACCCCGGACUGACCCACCUUCAGGAAACGAUUCAAGCCACCUUAAAGAUCUUGCUGGAUCUUUAUCCAAAAUUCAAGAUAGAGUACAGAUCUUCUUUGCUGUUCUUUUCUGGAUGUCUCUAUUCUUUUGGGCUUCUGCAUGGGAUGGGAGGAAUAGACCGAACAAGGGAUCAAGAUUUAGAAGAUAAAAUAGUAAGCAUAUAAUUUGUAUAUUAUCAAAUUAUAACUUGGGGGACAGAAUUAUACAGCGACAGAAAAAAAAAAUGAUGCAUAUGUGUCGAAUGAAUAUGUAAAUUUUAUGCUUGAAAAUAUUCUGCUUACUUAGAUUCCUCCAGUCAGAGGUAGUUUAUGAGUAAUCUCCUUUUCCUUAUUUAUGCUGCAAUUGUGACGAAAUGUUUAAUUUGAAA